AUGGACGAGGACAAGGGUGAGUGGAUAUGGAGGUGGGUGAGGGACCCAGAAACAACCAGUUUGCACUCAAUCAACUUUUAAUGAGACAAUGUUUUGGUACAAGGUGGAUCUUUGUCCGUUUUUCCCCUUCCAAAUCCCCUUUGCCUCGUUGAAGGUAGUUUGGUUGCAAUAUUGUGGACUUUUAUCUUGUCCAGUACCUGAGUUCUAGUGAUGUAAGCAAUCGUCACCUCACUCAUUUUUAGGCAAGGUACUCUCAUGAUAAAGAAUUAAGGCUAUAGGCUACAUGAAGUAGAUUGAGUUGCAUUGUAGCCUUUACUGUAACUUAACAACAGACAUUCCUCUGUCAAUGUCAACAGACUGAAAGAACUAGCCUAGUCAGAAAGGCUACAUUUCAAAGACGUAUAGACUAGACUAGAGUAUGCAGGCUAUAUCGAGUGUAACUCACCAUUGUUACAAAUUUAGAUUAAAUCAAGGAAGUGCAGUCUGUUUGAUCCACUUCCUUCAUUUGAUAGUCUAAAUGCCAUAGAGCUUCUUUUGUGACAAGGCAAAUCCAUGUAUUUUCCUUUAGUUUUUUAUAAAAAGGGGGAAUGUUUCAUUGCCGUAUCACAGAGAAUAGCAGUGGUGUGGUUGGAGGCAUCAGUAAAACCCUAUUUAUGCAGAAGUCAAAAACCUUGCAGUGUGCAUCCACCAUCUCUGGCAAGCAUUUAUGCAUGUCUUUCACACCUUGAGGGCACAUGAGCAAUGCCAAGCCAUCACAAAGCCUUGUGCCUCAGCUGGGGACAACUGACCACAUAAACCUUCAAGCUACUAGGCCUACAUAUUGAAAAGCUAUCUUUUAUAUCUGCUUUUACUGUUCAGUGUCAGUAGCUAGCACAUUUUCAUGCCCAGCCUUCUAAAACAGACCAUGUCUUUGCUGCCCUUUCUGUUCUGCAUUUUACAUUUACAUUUUAGUCAUUUAGCAGACGCUCUUAUCCAGAGCGACUUACAGUUAGUGAAUACAUUUUUUUUUUUUAUACUGGCCCCCCGUGGGAAUCAAACCCACAACCCUGGCGUUGCAAACGCCAUGCUCUAUCAACUGAGCUAUUUUCCCCCUAUCAUGGCCAUAUCACCUUCACCAUAGCGCCUUCAGUUUUGUUUCUAUAUUUUUAUUGCCUGAUUUAUUGGGUCAAGCCCAGUGUAGUUGCAUCAUGUUGACCCGAAGCACCCGUAGGCGCACACAUUGGCAGUCAAAUUAUAUAAAGUCAUACACACACAUCCUCGCAAUCAGAUCCCAUCCACAUGGCUUACCCUAAAAAUAGGCAAGGGCAGAUUUUAGCAGCAGUGAGUCGUUCUAGGGUUGAUAUCAUCCUUCAAAUCCAUCUGCUGAGGCUGGCAGUCCUCCAUUCAUCCUACCCCAUCACAACUGGCACGUCUCCCUCCUCAGCUGUGGCAGAUAGCAGGCUAUUCCAGCUGGACUGGGGUUAGUGGCCACACUGGCCAGAGCCUAGAGCCUCCUAUUCAGGGAAGUCUCAUGAAUAGAGAGUUCGAGUUAUAGCCUGGGGAGAAGAUUUACUUGGUCCUGGCUGGGGUACUAUCAAAGCUGUGUGGGUACUGACAGUGACAGGGGAGUCCACUUACACUGACUGGGAUGCCUGAGCCCUGAGGUUUAUUGUGUUCUGGAGGAGGUGAAGCAAGUGCACAUUUGAACAAAACUUGUUACAUUUUCGCCUUGGCCUAACCUGCGGGUCUUUGUCAGCUCGGUAUAAUUAAAUGUAGGCUUGGGCGGUAUCCAUAUUGUCAUACCUUCAUACCGAGCUUGUGCCAUACUGGGAUAUUCGGUAAUACCAGCACUGAACACAUGGGGCACUGUUUUCAAACCCCACUCAUACUCUGUAAUCCGAAGGUUAGUAAUGCUAACAAGUACAUGGAAAAUCCCAUAGAAAAUGCUAAAUAGCACAUUGCAAACAUUUUGUUCAGUUUCUGACCUAAACUAUACAAGUAUUAGCAAACCAAAUGCACAACUGCAGAGCAUUCAGCAUAUUUUAGACAGUUAACUCAAUAGUUAUAAGAUAUCCAGCUGGCAAACAUUUAGUUGUGAAUUCCAUACUGUAUUUACACUACAUUUAUUUUUAUUUUACCUUUAUUUAACUAGGCAAGUCAGUUAAGAACAAAUUCUUAUUUACAAUGACGGCCUACACCGGCCAAACCCGGAAGACGCUGAGCCAAUUGUGCGCCGCCCUAUGGGACUCCCAAUCACAGCCGGUUGUGAUACAGCCUGGAAUCGAACCAGGGGGUCUGAAGUGACGCCUCAAGCACUGAGAUGCAGUGCCUUAGACCGCUGCGCCACUCGGUAGUCCAAAUACAUGAUCAAAAGUAUGUGGACACCUGCUCGUCGAACAUCUCAUUCCAAAAUCAUGGGCAUUAAUAUGGAGUUGGUCCCCCCUUUGCUUCUAUAACAGCCUCCACUCUUCUGGGAAGGCUUUCCACUAGAUGUUGGAACAUUGCUGCGGGGACUUGCUUCCAUUCAGCCACAAGCAUUAGUGAGGUCGGGCACUGAUGUUUGGUGAUUAGGCCUGGCUCGCAGUCAGCGUUCUAAUUCAUCCCAAAGGUGUUCAAUGGGGUUGAGGUCAGGGCUCUGUGCAGGCCAGUCAAGUUCUUCCACACUGAUCUCGACAAACCAUUUCUGUAUGGACCUCGCUUUGUGCAUGGGGGCAUUGUCAUGCUGAAACAGGAAAAGGCCUUUCCCAAACUGUUGCCGCAAAGUUGGAAGCACAGAAUCAUCUAGAAUGUUUUUGUAUGCUGUAGCGUUAAGAUUUCCCUUCACUGGAACUAGCCCGAACCAUGAAAAACAGCCCCAUUCCAUUAUUCCUCCUCCACCAAACUUUACAGUUGGCACUAUGCAUUGGGGCAGGUAGCGUUCAGAUGGUGAAGCGUGAUUCAUCUCUCCAGAGAACGCGUUUCCACUGCUUCCAGAGGCAGUUUGGAACUCAGUAGGGAGUGUUGCAACCGAGGACAGACAAUGUUUAUGCGGUACGCGCUUCAGCACUCGCCGGUCACGUUCUGUGUGCUUGCGUUGCCUACCACUUCAAAUCAAAUUUUAUUGGUCACAUACACGUGUUUAGCAGAUGUUAUUGCGGGUGUAGCGAAAUGCUUGUGCUUCUAGCUCCGACAGUGCAGUAGUAUCUAGGGAUGCACCGAUAUGACAUUUUUGGCCGAUACCGAUAUCCGAUAUUUAAAGUUUUAGCGGCCUCUUAAGCAUUCCAGUACAGUUAAAUAGUUGAAACAAAGUGUCAUAUGUUCAGUUAUGAACAGAUUGUUUAAUAACUUGUCAAUUAUAAAAAUGACAAAUCCAUGAAUGUAUUUUAUUGCACAACAGAUAUUCAUGACACUAAUAUUUUAGCUGCCCCACAUUACAAAGAUGGUUAAGUUGUUGGUGGCUCGUCUUACUAUCCAAUCUUGACUGUAUGGAGAAACUUAAAAAUGCUUUGAAAUAAAUAUUGGUUUAAACUAAAAUGCUGUUAAUUAUUUUAGCUUUAACUGCUUGAAAAAAUUACUGUCUCUAGGCUGUCAUAAACUGCUACAGUGGGGGAAAAAAGUAUUUAGUCAGCCACCAAUUGUGCAAGUUCUCCCACUUAAAAAGAUGAGAGGCCUGUACUUUUCAUCAUAGGUACACGUCAACUAUGACAGACAAAAUGAGAAAAAAAAUCCAGAAAAUCACAUUGUAGGAUUUUUUUAUGAAUUUAUUUGCAAAUUAUGGUGGAAAAUAAGUAUUUGGUCAAUAACAAAAGUUUCUCAAUACUUUGUUAUAUACCCUUUGUUGGCAAUGACACAGGUCAAACGUUUUCUGUAAGUCUUCACAAGGUUUUCACACACUGUUGCUGGUAUUUUGGCCCAUUCCUCCAUGCAUAUCUCCUCUAGAGCAGUGAUGUUUUGGGGCUGUCGCUGGGCAACACGGACUUUCAACUCCCUCCAAAGAUUUUCUAUGGGGUUGAGAUCUGGAGACUGGCUAGGCCACUCCAGGACCUUGAAAUGCUUCUUACGAAGCCACUCCUACGUUGCCCGGGCGGUGUGUUUGGGAUCAUUGUCAUGCUGAAAGACCCAGCCACGUUUCAUCUUCAAUGCCCUUGCUGAUGGAAGGAGGUUUUCACUCAAAAUCUCACGAUACAUGGCCCCAUUCAUUCUUUCCUUUACACGGAUCAGUUGUCCUGGUCCCUUUGCAGAAAAACAGCCCCAAAGCAUGAUGUUUCCACCCCCAUGCUUCACAGUAGGUAUGGUGUUCUUUGGAUGCAACUCAGCAUUCUUUGUCCUCCAAAUACGACGAGUUGAGUUUUUACCAAAAAGUUAUAUUUUGGUUUCAUCUGACCAUAUGACAUUCUCCCAAUCCUCUUCUGGAUCAUCCAAAUGCACUCUAGCAAACUUCAGACGGGCCUGGACAUGUACUGGCUUAAGCAGGGGGACACGUCUGGCACUGCAGGAUUUGAGUCCCUGGCGGCGUAGUGUGUUACUGAUGGUAGGCUUUGUUACUUUGGUCCCAGCUCUCUGCAGGUCAUUCACUAGGUCCCCCCGUGUGGUUCUGGGAUUUUUGCUCACCGUUCUUGUGAUCAUUUUGACCCCACGGGGUGAGAUCUUGCGUGGAGCCCCAGAUCGAGGGAGAUUAUCAGUGGUCUUGUAUGUCUUCCAUUUCCUAAUAAUUGCUCCCACAGUUGGUUUCUUCAAACCAAGCUGCUUACCUAUUGCAGAUUCAGUCUUCCCAGCCUGGUGCAGGUCUACAAUUUUGUUUCUGGUGUCCUUUGACAGCUCUUUGGUCUUGGCCAUAGUGGAGUUUGGAGUGUGACUGUUUGAGGUUGUGGACAGGUGUCUUUUAUACUGAUAACAAGUUCAAACAGGUGCCAUUAAUACAGGUAACGAGUGGAGGACAGAGGAGCCUCUUAAAGAAGAAGUUACAGGUCUGUGAGAGCCAGAAAUCUUGCUUGUUUGUAGGUGACCAAAUACUUAUUUUCCACCAUAAUUUGCAAAUAAAUUCAUAAAAAAUCCUACAAUGUGAUUUUCUGGAUUUCUUUUCUCAAUUUGUCUGUCAUAGUUGACGUGUACCUAUGAUGAAAAUUACAGGCCUCUCUCAUCUUUUUAAGUGGGAGAACGUGCACAAUUGGUGGCUGACUAAAUACUUUUUCCCCCACUGUAUAUAUCUCAUCUUUCAUUUAGAAAAAAAAAAAAAGCUUAGUUUUAAAUUAAAAUCUUGACCUAUACCAGCCAUGAAUAAACAACAGAAAAGCCUUUGGCCUUAUUUUCUUCCAGUGACUUAAGAUGUCUGGGUUACAAUAUGACUGCCCGUUUACAAUUUUAACAUUUGGGGGAGGUUUUUCAUCACUAAGAGGACCUGCUCAGCUUUGUCAGGAGAGUCUGUUUGUUUUUUCGUCUACAAUGUGUGAAGCUGCACUGAAAAGGCGCUCACUGUCCACACUAGUACAGGGAGCACCAAGAUACUUGCGGGCAGCUUCAGCUAGGAUGAGGAAACGGUGCUUGUUACUUCUCCAGUAUCCAAGUGCAUCUUCAUUCCUGGGAAUAAUAGGAUCUGUCAGGUGUGCUAGUAUCUAAAAAUAAUGGGAAGGGGGAGGGGUUAGUACAUUUAAUACAACAUUGCAUUAUUCUUGCAUUCCAAAGGAUCAUUAGGCAUAGAUCAACAUUGGCAAAUGUUGGCUGAUGUAGUAACAGAAAAUGAAAAUACAACGCGUCGCUCUCUCACAGAGAAACACACACUGACCAAAAUGUUAUUUUGUUGGCAUUUACAUAUGUCCCCAUUUCCAGUAAAACAUCAUCAAAACCUACUUCUUUCACUUACUUGCUGUGCUGUUUUGUUGUUCCUUUGUUCAGUCGUUCCAUUCUCAACCAGGAUUUCAUCAUACAUGUCAAGCAAUGAAGUUUCAGCUCUGUCUGUCCGUGGCCUCUUCUGUCAUGGGUCCUCUUCCUCGGUGUGCACUGUCACUGUGUCCGUUUCCAUCUUGUCCAGCUGUGUCUGUUAACAUUUCACGUAAACCCUGUUUCUUGUCUGCAUCGAAGUAGCAGUCCUUGUACCUAGCAUCGACCAUGGUGGCGACACAGUAAAGAGGCUCAGAGAGAAUGCCACCGAAUCGCUUGUUCACAGCCUCUAGUAGAGUACUUUUGCGAGUUUUAACCCCACGGUCUGUGUCGGCAGUUUUGUUGAGCAGGCGUUUCAAUGCCAUGACAGAGGGUAUCACGUCUGCUGCGGACGCAGUUGAUGAGCUUAUUUCUCGAGUCAGUUGUUCGAAUGGAGCUAGGAGUCUGUUCAUGUUUUCAAUGAGAGUCCACUGGUUUGUACUGAUUGUUGCUGGUAACUCAUAGUCGGCUGCGUACACGCCAAGCACUUGUUUUUGUUCCAGCAGGCUCUCCAUCAUGUAAAAAGUACUGUUCCAUCUGGUGGAAAAGUCUUGCUUAAGCCUUUUCGUUUUCACUCCAAGCUGCUCCUGUAUUGCUUGUAGGUGGCUGUAUGCAGGCUGUUAGUGUUUAAAAUGACCCACUGUCUUCCUACCUGUUGCAACUGUGUCAGAUAUGCUGCGUUGGGCCAAAACAACUUCGUUCACAGCCAGUUGCAGCGUGUGUGCCAUGCAUGGCAAACUGGCGACUCCGCGUUCUUCCAUAGCCUUUGUCAUGUUACAUGCAUUAUCACGUAGCACAGUGUGUACUUUGUUCUUGGGGAUUUUCCAAGUUUCAAACAUGUUCUCUAAUGCCAUUGAAAUGGCAGCAGAGGUAUGAGAACCAGCACAUUCUUGAGCAUGCAAUACGGCUUUGCUCAGUACGAAAUCCUCGUCGACCCACUGUGCUGUCAGACUCAGCAUGCUCAUGGGGCUGACAUCGCUGGUCCAAAUGUCAGUCGUGAAACUAAUAGCAGUGACGCCCAUAGCAAGUAGCUCAUGGAUGUGCGUUUCAACAAUACUGUGUAACUCCAGUAGGGCAACAUCUGAAAAAUAGCGCCUACUUCGUAGUGUGUACCGGUGCUUGACCAGUCGGCGAAAGCCAACAUCAUCCACGACAGAGAACGGUUGAUUGUCAAGGGCAAUGAAUUCCAUUAUCUUGGCGUUAAUGGAUUUCGCCUUUGAGUUGUCUCACAGAAAUGUUCUUACUCUUUCAAAUGACUGCUCGACUUGAACUUGUUUAGUUGUUGGAAGUGUGCGCUUAGUUUUUUUCUACUUUUGUUCUAAGUAGUCGCUGAACGUCUGGGGGUGAUGCCCUUUCAAAUGAGUAAUUAGGUUUGUGAUUUUGAAAGAUUUCACUUUCUCCACUCCUUGGGAAAUAAUAGCAGCACAAACGUUGCAUAUGGCCUUUUUGUGAUCUUCCUUUGAAACUUCCAAAUAGAUCCACACAGCAGACAUUGUGGGCUAGGUUAGGAAUGCUGUGUUGCAUGUGUAGCGCUGUAUUUUUCAUAGCGUCAUUACGUCAUCUACCCACAUUAUACAAGGUAUGCACGUCAGCUUUGACAUCGGUUUUGCACGUCGACGUUAAACUAUACAUAGAGCCGAUGCCGAUGUUGCCAUUUUUAGCUAAUAUCGGCCGAUUCCGAUAUGCUUACCGAUAUAUCUAACAAUUUCACAACAUAUAAUACACACCUAAGUAAGGAAUGAAUUAAGAAUAUAUGCAUAUAUGGACGAGUGAUGUCAGAGCGGCAUGGACUAAGAUACAGUAGAAUAGUAUAGAAUACAGUAUAUACAUAUGAGAUGAGUAAUGCAAGAUAUGUAAACAUUAUUAAAGUGGCUAGUGUUCCAUUUCUUAAAGUGGCCAGUAAUCUCUAGUCUAUGUCUAUAGACAGCAGCCUCUAAUGUGCUAGUGAUGGCUGUUUAACAGACUGAUGGCCUUGAGAUAGAAGCUGUUUUUCAGUCUCUCUGUCCCAGCUUUGAUGCACCUGUACUGACCUCACCUUCUGAUGCCUUGUGGGGCCCCAGUGUUGAGGAUCAGUGAAGUGCAGGUGUUGUUUCCUACCUUCACCACAUAGGGGUGACCCGUCAGGAAGUCCAGGACCCAAUUGAACAGGGCGGGGUUCAGACCCAAGGCCUCGAGCUAAAUGAUGAGCUUGGAGGGUACUAUGGUGUUGAAUGCUGAGCUAUAGUCAAUGAACAGCAUUCUUACAUAGGUAUUCCUCUUAGAGCAGUGGGAUAGGGCAGUGUGCAGAUUGAUGGCGAUUGUAUCGUCUGUGGAUCUAUUGGGGCAGUAAGCAAAUUGAAGUGGGUCUAGGGUGGCAGGUAAGGUAGAGGUGAUAUGAUCCUUGACUAGUCUCUCAAAGCACUUCAUGAUGACAGAGGUGAGUGCUACGGGGCGAUAGUUGUUUAGUUCAGUUAACUUUGCUUUCUUGGGUACAGGAACAAUGGUGGCCAUCUUGAAGCAUUUGGGGACAGCAGACUGGGAUAGGGAGAGAUUGAAUAUGUCCGGCUGAGCUGUUGUUGCUCCUAUGUUUCCACUUGGCAAUGACAGUGCUUACAGUUGACCGGGGCAGCUCUAGCAGGGCAAAAAUUUGACGAAUUGACUUGUUGGAAAGGUGGCAUCCUAUGACGAUGCCACGUUGAAAGUCACUGAGCUCUUCAGUAAGUCCAUUCUACUGCCAAUGUUUGUCUAUGGAGAUUGCAUGGCUGUGUGCUCGAUUUUAUACACCUGUCAGCAACGAGUGUUGCCGAAUCCGCUAAUUUGAUGGGGUGUCCACAGACUUUGUAUAUAUAUUGUAGAUCACCUGGCGCAUGCUGCACAACAGUGAGUGACUCACAACGCUCCGGUCUUUCAUUAAUGUGUGCUUGUAAACAAACACCAUAUGAGACGUGACUGGGGACUACCGUAAGCUUUUUAAUAAUGUGACAGGUGAAAUGAAGAACGCAAUGUUCUUUAUCUCCUAACGUAUUGCACACAUGGACUGCAGAUAUUUAAAAAGUAGCUACAAAUAUUCAAAUUUAUUUUUAAAAAACUUCUAAUAGUUUAAACGGUAUUGACGGUAUUGAAAAACCAUCCCGGGCGGGAAGGGGUUCUACUAAGCUAUGUGGAAUACCAAGAACAUUUAGCUAUUUGAUUUGGAAUUUUAAGACCCCUUGAAGUAUCAAAAGAAAAUACAAAAAAAAAGUAUUAUUUGGCCUUACUGUUAUUAGCCCAUACAAACGCAUUGAAUAACAGAUUCACUAAAUGGAACAACAAAAAAAUCUAAAGGAAGUUUGUGUCCUAUAUUUGAGAGAGAUAAGAAAGAUCAGGAAACAUUAUUAUAUUUAAAAAAAAUUUAAAAAAUGUAUUUAACCCGUUAUUUUUGGCACUAAACUGUCUCCAUAUAAACAGUGCAUUCGGAAAGUAUUCAGACCCCUUCACUUUUUCCACAUUUUGUUACGUUACAGCCUUAUUCUAAAAUUGAAUAAAUAAAAAUGUUUCCUCAUCAAUCUACACACAAUACCCCAUAAUGACAAAGCGAAAACAGGUUUUUAGACAUUUUUGCAAAUUAAUUAAAAAUGUAACACAGAAAUACCUAAUUUACAUAAGUAUUCAGACCCUUUGCUAUGAUACUCAAAAUUGAUCUCAGGUGCAUCAAUUUUCCAUUGAUCAUCCUUGAGAUGUUUCGACAACUUGAUUGGAGUCCACCUGUGGUAAAUUCAGUUGAUUGGACAUGAUUUGGAAAGGCACACACCUGUCUAUAUAAGGUCCCACAGUUGACAGUGCAUGUCAGAGCACAAACCAAGCCAUGAGGUCGAAGGAAUUGUCCGUAGAGCUCCGAGACAGGAUUGUGUCGAGGCACAGAUCUGGGAAAGGGUACCAAAACAUUUCUGCAGCAUUGAAGGUCCCCAAGAACACAGUGGCCUCCAUCAUUCUUAAAUGGAAGUUUGGAACCACCAAGACUUCUCCUAGAGCUGGCUGCCAGGCCAAACUGAGCAAUUGGGGAAGAAGGGCCUUGGUCAGGGAGGUGACCAAGAACCUGAUGGUCACUUUGACAGAGCUCCAGAGGUCCUCUGUGGAGAUGGGAGAACCUUCCUGGAGGACAACCAUCUCUGCAGCACUCCACCAAUCAGGCCUUUAUGGUAGAGUGGCCAGAUGGAAGCCACUCCUCAGUAAAAGACACAUGACAGCCCGCUUGGAGUUUGCCAAAAGGCACCUAAAGGACUCUCAGACCAUGAGAAACAAUAUUCUCUGGUCUGAUGAAACCAAGAUUGAACUCUUUGGCCUGAAUGACAAGCGUCACAUUUGGAGAAAACUUGGCACCAUCUUUACGGUUAAGCAUGGUGGUGGCAGCAUCAUGCUGUGGGGUUGUUUUUCAGUGGCAGGGACUGGGAGACUAGACAGGAUCGACGCAAAGAUGAAUGGAGCAAAGUACAGAGAGAUCGUUGAUGAAAACCUGCUCCAGAAUGCUCAUGUCCUCAGACUGGUGCGAAGGUUCACCUUCCAACAGGACAACGACCCUAAGCACACAGCCAAGACAACACAGGAGUGGCUUCGGGACAAGUCUCUGAAUGUCCGUGAGUGGCCCAGCCAGAGCACAGACUUGAACCUAAACGAAAAUCUCUGGAGAGACCUGAAAAUAGCUGUGCUCCCCAUCCAACCUGACAGUUUGAGAGGAUCUGCAGAGAAGAAUGGGAGAAACUCCCCAAAAACAGGUGUGCCAAGCUUGUAGCAUCAUACCCAAGAAGACUCAAGGCUGUAAUCGCUGCCAAAGGUGCUUCAACAAAGUACUGAGUAAAGGGUCUGAAUACUAAUGUAAAUGUGAUAUUUCAGUUUUUUAUUUGUAAUACAUUUGCAAAAAUGUAUAACCUGACUGUAAAAGUCGCUUUGGAUAAAAGCGUCUGCUAAAUGGCAUAUUAUUAUUAAAACCUGUUUUUGCUUUGUCAUUAUGGGGUAUUGUGUGUAGAUUGAUGAGGAGACAAAAAACUAUUUAAUCCAUUUUAGAACAAGGCUGUAACGGAACAAAAUGUGCAAAAAGGAAGGGGUCUGAAUACUUUCCGAAUGCACUGUACUUCUAUUCAUUUUUUUCAACUGGUACCGGGGGACCUUCAUUCGAGUCUUGUGAGGCCUAUGGGCGUCAUAGAGAAAAACAACUGACAUGUACGUGCUCGUGAGAGUCUCACCUAUCCACAGAGGGGAAUUAUUGUGUAGCCCAAACUGUUCGGACGCUAUAGACAGAAGUUGGCAGAUUGGCUGUACCAACUUCAGACGAGUCCCAAGAUGCUUGUGGGGGUAGAGCAAAACUGAGAACACCAUCAUGUUCAUGAGAGUCUCAUCUUUCCAUAGAGGGGUCAUAAUAGUAUGUAGGCCAAAUCUUUCGGACGCUACAGACGAUUUUGUGAGAAGACCGAUUUUCGGUGGAUUAAGACGCAUCCAAAGCAAACUAUUUCUAGCUUAAACUGCCAGAUUUUUGUGGGGAGUUUUUAAUUAUGUUAAUUAGGUUUCCACAGGGGUGCGGACAUCGACUCUAGGAGAUUAAAGGGAAAAUCCACUCAAAUGAUGCUUUUUGCAUCAUCUUGAUGAUGUGGCCGGUGACACUUUGCUUCUUGAAAUUCCAAUAUCUUGAAAAAUUGACUGCUGACAUGCAAAACAUUUUGGGACUUUUACAACAGUGGACUAAUGAACAAAAUACCAAAAUAUAUUUUUUGAGUGGAUUUUCCCUUUAAGCUUUUGCCCAAAGAUUUGUGAAAUUAUAUCUCCAACAGUGACACAUAUGAUUUAUCUUGCAGAGAAGCCUGCCAUAGCCCCACCAGUGUUUGUGUUCCAGGAAGAUAAAGCACAGAAGGUGAGACACUCAUUUCACACCUCUGCUGAAAGAAUUGAAACAGUGAAUCAGACUAUGAAUCAGACUUGGCUUCACACUGACUGGAUAAUUCACUCAGUUUUCUGUGUCUGACUAUCUGUUUCCUCCUCUAUUUCUCUCGUUUUCUGUCAUACCCUUAACAGAGAUCAGCAGAAGGGUCCAGUGCUGAGGAUGGAGAAGGUAAGGAUGAGGAGGAUAACCAAGCAGGUUAUAGUGCUUUGGAAAAUGUGACACGUCUAUCUUAUAUUACUGUAUUUUAGUUACUUUGCUAAUCUUUGCUGAUUCUGUCUCCUCCAGACUCUGAUAAAGAUGGCAGUAGUUACUGUCCCCCGGCCAAGAGAGAAAGAACAUCGUCACUAACACAGUUCCCACCCGCACAUUCAGGUAAUUUGUACGUUUUGUUGAAUUAAAAUAUUAUUUUGUUAGUGUGUGGAGAAAGGGUCUGUACUCAUGUUAUUUCUUAUUGUCUCAUGCAGUUUCUAAGAACAAUGUGUUCAUGCCAUCCAGUUUCUGUCAGUCCCCGACAGGAAAUAAUUCAGAUUCAGAACCUGGUGAGUUCAUGAAUAGUUGUCUUAAGAUCUCCUUUUCAAUCUACCUGAAAUUUGCAUGAUAAGGAGAACUACCCUUGAAGAAUCAUGACAAGAAUGUUUAGCUUUUUCUCAAUCAAAGUUCUGGCCUAACUUAAAUCUCAUAUUCCCUCUCUCUUUCUCCAUCUUUCUCUGUUCUGUUGUCAACAGAGGAGAAGACGGUUGGGUUUCGCCUGAAGCCUCCCACUCUGAUCCAUGGACAGGCGCCUAGUGCAGGUGGGUGCUCUCUCCUGCCAAUUUCAGAGAGGCUUUAUUGUCCAUUGAGUGAAAAUCUUAAAUGUGGUUUUGGGGUUCCAGCACACAGGCUCAGUCACAAAAACAAUGUACAACCUCUCGAGUGGCGCAGUGGUCUAAGGCACUGCAUCGCAGUGCUAGCUGUGCCACUAGAGAUCCUGGCUCGAAUCCAGGCUCUGUCGUUGCCGGCCGUGACCGGGAGACCCAUGGGGCGGCGCACAAUUGGCCCAGCGUCAUCCUGGGUAGGGGAGGGAAUGGCCGGCAGGGAUGUAGCUCAGUUGGUAGAGCAUGGCGUUUGCAACGCCAGGGUUGUGGGUUCGAAUCCCACGGGUGGCCAGUAUGAAAAAUUAAAAAAGAAUGUAUGCGCUCACUAACUGUAAGUCGCUCUGGAUAAGAGCGUCUGCUAAAUGACUAAAAUGUAAAUGUAAAACAUCACAAUAAGUUGAGAAAAAGAUGGCCCUUGUUUGUCUGGCGUUGGUCUGUCCAGAGCCUUAUAUUUAGUAAGUAUAAUGUGUUGCAGGCGUCCCGAGCCAGAAGCCCAAGGAGCAGCAGCGUAGUGUACUACGACCAGCAGUACUGCAGGCCCCUCCGGCCACCAAAUCACUAACCCAGACCGGUAAGUACACUUAGGAAAACUUAACCUCAAAGUCUUCAGAUCCUCUCAGACAAACAGCUAUACUACUUCAUUAUGUUCUGCAAUGGCCAUUCUGUUCCAGCUUUCUUUUAUCUCAAUGUGCUUGGACAAAACAUCUGUUUCUUGAAUUUCCCUGAGUCUCCUCUUGUGGUCCUCAUAGGUUUGAACAGUGGUACAAAUGGAGUGAACAGGUCGUCAGAGGGUCUGCCAGUCACCCAGAACAACACAGAGAACUGUGAUGGCUCCACAGACAAUAUGGCUAAGUCACAGGUAAGCUGAGAGGUCAAAGGGCGCCACGCUAGCUACAUGUUCACCGAUUGGAAGGGCUCUACAGUGGCAUAUAAUAACCUAUAUAGUUAUCAAGCUCCUAACGACAACACAGAACACAACAGGACACAAGGAAGGUUUUAUGCUUGGACAUUCAGUAUGGAAUUUCCAUGAAUGUGUCUCGCUGCUCUCAUCUUUCAAGGAGAAGAAAAGGGAUGAGAGCAGGAGGAGUGAGAGCAGGAGGAGUGAGAGCAGGAGGAGUGAGAGCAGGAGGGGUGAGAGCAGGAGGGGUGAGAGCAGGAGGGGUGAGAGCAGGAGGGGUGAGAGCAGGAGGGGUGAGAGCAGGAGGGAUGAGAGCACGAGGGGUGAGAGCAGGAGGGGUGAGAGCAGGAAAGGAGAGAACCCGAUCCUCCUGUGGAAUCCACAUUUGUAUUUGGUCAGAAUGUCAAAGACAGAGCCAUGGUGAUUUGAAUAGUUAACUAAAGUACAUGUCAUAUAGAAUACGUUUCAAAGAUGCUCUGGGCUUUGCCUCAUACCUAACAACACCCCAUUGAGGUGUGUGGGUAAAUCAAAUUAUAAACUGAGUGGUUCAAGCUAGGGCUGUGGCGGUCACAACAUUUUGUCAGCCGGUGAUUGUCAAGCAAAUAACUGUCGGUCUCACGGUAAUUGACCGUUAAUUAACAUAAACACAUUUAGCAUUUCCUGGCUUCCACACACACCCUACAAGCCAUUUUAAAAAGUCUAAUAAAUCCAUGUAAUAUAGCCUACACCUUCACAAUAAAUCCAUUAUUUAUUUUAGAACGGUCUAAAGAAGCAUGAUAUGAAGAAAAUGUAGUCUAUUUCAGAAGAAAAGAAUAACAUACUUAGCAUGUCCUUAUGUUAAGUCCUGAUGUGGCUUUGCCAAAUGGCUGUGGGCUACACCGUGGCAUUAUUUUAUAUUAUUUUAUAGUAUGAAGAAUACAAUUGAACAGUGCGCACAUGCGGCUAUUCUGUGUUGAGUGGUUAACAAAUAAAUAGGUACUUCUAUAUGCUUAAUUUAGAGUUAUUCAUGGAACUUUAGUUGUUCUACAAACGUUGGGCUAUAUGUUUUGAUUUUUAAUACAUUGUAAGGCUGCAUGAGAAGACUCUAAUGAUGAUUUGAAAAAAGUUGCUUGAAAGGCAUGGGCUCUGCUUUGUUUUUUGCGCAGCCUGUACACACUCCAAUUGUCUCUCAUUCACAAUUUGACAAGCACUUGAUCAUUUCACGGCGGCAUCCCCUUUGUGGCCCGGAAUGCUGCGUUGUGCCCUUCUCCCUGAGUGUGCUGCGCAAUCCGAUGCGUCUCUCACUCACAUGGCUCUAAGUCACGUGAUCGGGUCUUUCUCACAGGCUACAAGUUAAGACAGACACAUCGGGGACGCAACUGCGCGCAUCCUUAUCCAAUUCCGAGGUGCAGAUUGAAGAUAUUGGAAGAACUGUCCACAUUUACUUUUCAUUAGCCAACAAGAUGAGUAGACCUAACGAACAGCAAAAGCACUAGCCUAUGUCAAUCUACUAUCCCGCAUAGUACAAAAGUCGACCUAUUCUGUGCGAGAAAUUAAUAUUCCAAACAUAGUCUGGGACAGUUGUGGGAUGCGAUAGAUCCCAAAUUAAUACAACCACUAGCAUCAAAAAACAUUUUUAAUGCAAUGUGGCAGACGCAACAAAUCAUAACGUUUAGCUUAAAAUGUUGAUAAAAUAUUAGGCUUUUUCUUCACAUUAUAAGCGCAGCAAUGCGCACAUGGUAGUAGGCUAUAAGCGCGAAUGUUCCAUUAGCGGAAAACACCAUUAUCAAAAGUCACCGCAAAUUAAAUUACGCAUGUAAUGCUUUUAUUAUAAAGGUGCAUUUCUACGGUGAAAAUUAUCUUCCCCAAACUUGUAACUCAUGCGCUGCUUAUACAGUGGGGAGAACAAGUAUUUGAUACACUGCUGAUUUUGCAGGUUUUCCUACUUACAAAGCAUGUAGAGGUCUGUAAUUGUUAUCAUAGGUACACUUCAACUGUGAGAGACGGAAUCUAAAACAAAAUUCCAGAAAAUCACAUUGUAUGAUUUUUAAGUAAUUAAUUUGCAUUUUAUUGUAUGACAUAAGUAUUUGAUCACCUACCAACCAGUAAGAAUUCCGGCUCUCACAGACCUGUUAGUUUUUCUUUAAGAAGCCCUCCUGUUCUCCAUUCAUUACCUGUAUUAACUGCACCUGUUUGAACUUGUUACCUGUAUAAAAGACACCUGUCCACACACUCAAUCAAACAGACUCCAACCUCUCCACAAUGGCCAAGACCAGAGAGCUGUGUAAGGACAUCAGGGAUAAAACAGUAGACCUGCACAAGGCUGGGAUGGGCUACAGGACAAUAGGCAAGCAGCUUGGUGAGAAGGCAACAACUGUUGGCGCAAUUAUUAGAAAAUGGAAGAAGUUCAAGAUGACGGUCAAUCACCCUCGGUCUGGGGCUCCAUGCAAGAUCUCAUCUCGUGGGGCAUCAAUGAUCAUGAGGAAGGUGAGGGAUCAGCCCAGAACUACACGGCAGGACCUGGUCAAUGACCUGAAGAGAGCUGGGACCACAGUCUCAAAGAAAACCAUUAGUAACACAAUACGCCGUCAUGGAUUAAAAUCCUGCAGCGCACGCAAGGUCCCCCUGCUCAAGCCAGCGCAUGUCCAGGCCCAUCUGAAGUUUGCCAAUGACCAUCUGGAUGAUCCAGAGGAGGAAUGGGAGAAGGUAAUGUGGUCUGAUGAGACAAAAAUAGAGCUUUUUGGUCUAAACUCCACUCGCCGUGUUUGGAGGAAGAAGAAGGAUGAGUACAACCCCAAGAACACCAUCCCAACCGUGAAGCAUGGAGGUGGAAACAUCAUUCUUUGGGGAUGCUUUUCUGCAAAGGGGACAGGACGACUGCACCGUAUUGAGGGGAGGAUGGAUGGGGCCAUGUAUCGCGAGAUCUUGGCCAACAACCUCCUUCCCUCAGUAAGAGCAUUGAAGAUGGGUCGUGGCUGGGUCUUCCAGCAUGACAACGACCCGAAACACACAGCCAGGGCAACUAAGGAGUGGCUCCGUAAGAAGCAUCUCAAGGUCCUGGAGUGGCCUAGCCGGUCUCCAGACCUGAACCUAAUAGAAAGUCUUUGGAGGGAGCUGAAAGUUCGUAUUGCCCAGCGACAGCCCCGAAACCUGAAGGAUCUGGAGAAGGUCUGUAUGGAGGAGUGGGCCAAAAUCCCUGCUGCAGUGUGUGCAAACCUGGUCAAGACCUACAGGAAACGUAUGAUCUCUGUAAUUGCAAACAAAGGUUUCUGUACCAAAUAUUAAGUUCUGCUUUUCUGAUGUAUCAAAUACUUAUGUCAUGCAAUAAAAUGCAAAUUAAUUACUUAAUCAUACAAUGUGAAUUUCUGGAUUUUUGUUUUAGAUUCCGUCUCUCACAGUUGAAGUGUACCUAUGAUAAAAAUUACAGACCUCUACAUGGUUUGUAAGUAGGAAAACCUGCAAAAUCGGCAGUGUAUCAAAUACUUGUUCUCCCCACUGUAUAUGCCAGUUAGGCUCUACACCCCUUGUAAAGCAGAUUAAUGUUCUUAAUUUUAAGAAGUUAUUUGACCACUUUAGUUGUGAUACAAACCUUAUUAAAACGUAUAGGCCUAUGGGCUAGGCUACAUGAGGUGUGUGACUAUGAUUCGAACAAGUCAACACAAAAAAGCCAUUGUUUCUUAUGCUGGGCAUCAUUCACAAGUGAUAAUAUAUAAUUCACAAGUGAUAGGCUAAUAUUGUCACCCAUCAGACUAUUCUUGAAUUAAUUUCAUCUUUACAUAUACAAAAUAAUAUAUGUGUGACAUUUGUUUUGAUUUAGAAUGGAUCAUUAUCAUGCACCUGUAUGGAAACAGGGGCAGUGGGAAAAAAUACAUGUCAUCUAUGCACUUAAAUAUCGAAUGGAGGACACUUUUCCCCUUGGUUUAUUUUCAUGCCAGCCAGGUAGGCUAUACUCCUGUUGUAAAUAUAAGCAAUGUGCUUAAUAUUAGGAAAGUUGAGAAAUAAAUAUAUUAGGCCUAGCCUAUAGAAAGCUGAUGGGAUCCUCCUCUUUUUAUUAGCGGCCAUUACUCUGUUUUCUCCAGCAAUUGCAUAGCCUAUAGAAAUGUUGCGCAACAUGAGCUCAUGGGCUCUCAUGAAGUGUUUGAUUAGAUUUCCGAUUAGAUUUGCAUUGAUGUCAGAGUGAUUAGAGGGACAAUAGAGUGCUGAGUCCCAGGCAGUUAGCAAGUUUGGUAGGCUACUAAUAACCAUUGGCAGCAUCAGAGCUUGGAGAAGCCUAAUUACCGUGACUAAACGUUCAUGUGGAAUUUGACUGCCUUCAUGACUCGUGACCGCCGGUGUGGCGGUAAUACGGUCACCGCAACAGCCCUGGUUCAAGCCCUGAAUGCUGAUUGGCUGACAGCCGUGGUAUAUCAGACCGUAUACCGUGGGUAUGACAACAUGUAUUUUUACUGCUCUAAUUACGUUGGUAACCAGUUUAUAAUAGCAAUAAGGCACCUCGGGAAGUUUGUGGUAUAUGGCCAAUAUACCACGGCUAAGGGCUGUAUCCUGGCACUCCGCAUUGCGUUGUGCGUAAGAACAUCCCUUAGCCGUGGUAUAUUGGCUGUAUACCACACCUCCUCGGGCGUUAUUGCUGAAAUAUAGCAGCCUCUUGUGGCCUUGCAUGCUCUAUUACGUGAGUUUGUAUGUUCUUUUGUUAUUAUUUGUCUGAUCAUGACCUUUUUCCCCAUUGGUCUAGGUUGAGGAAAGCAGUGACAAGAAAGGCUCUCUGUCAGCAGAAUCAGGGGAAACCAAUUAUUUCCUACAGUAUAGAAGCACUCCCAGGUUAGUCUCUCAUGGAUUCUGGCUCUAAUGGAUAUUAUCAGUCAUCAGUUUUAUUAGACUACUAUUUUAUCAUAAUUUUAUAAUCUUAUUAUUAUUAUUAUUAUAACAUCCUUUCCUCUGUAUGUUUCCCACCCAGCUUACAGAAGGCUGAGAACAACACCGACGACGGGGCUAAGUUUGUGUUUGGACAGAACAUGUUGGAUCGUGUCCUGGUGAGACGUGUUGUUUUGUGAGGCUAAUCUACUCAUCUGUUAUGUCUGUGGUUUUUCUAUCAUUUGUCCCCCUGCCAACUAAAGAUGGGAUCCACAAAGUUGUGUUAAAGCAUGUUGUAUUACAUUCUUGUUCUGCAGAGUCCGCCGAAAUGUGAGCAGGCAGCAGAGGGCAGCAGAGAUCCCCCUGCCGCCCCGCCAUGUGAGCCACCCUCACAGGACAGCAGCCCCGACAAAGGUGGGCAGAGAAAAGAACAUACUGCAUAUGAAAAAAUAUGGAAUUUAUGUUACUAAGCCCAUAUAAUAAUGGCAAUCCAAGAAAGGAGACACUGGCUUAUUUUCAGAUGUCCAAAGUGUCCUUCUUGUUUGCUGUUCAUUUUCAAAUGGGUUUGUGGUUCUCUUCUUUGCAGAUACCAAUGUGACAGAGUCUUUGGAGGAGUCGGCAGCAGCCUACACCAAAGCCACAGCCAAGAGGUGUUUGUUAGAGAAGGUAGAGGUCAGAACUGGAGAGGAGUCGGAGAGUAAUGUUCUACAGGUAUGCAAAAGCUCUGGUUGUUUGUUGUUCAAUGCCAGUAUAUUUACAGUAACGUUCAAUUUACUUCACCAGGACAUUUAGCAAUUGUUGAUUUAAAGUUACCCAUUGUAGUUUUGUGUUUACAUUUCUCCUCAGACAGGGUUGGAAAUAGGCUGAAAUCGUCCAUGGUCAUUCAUCUGACAAUGGCAUGUUUUUUGUCUCAGGUCCAAUGCAAGUUGUUUGUGUUUGACAAAGCAUCCCAGUCUUGGGUGGAGAGAGGCAGAGGACUACUGAGGCUUAAUGAUAUGGCCUCCACAGAGGAGGGAUCGUUACAGUCCAGGCUAGGUACAGUCAUUACAGUGGCAUAACACUGUUGAAUCAAAUCGAAUCAACCAUUUAGUGCAUUUAAAAAUCCAAAUACACCUUACUGUCAUGCCGCACUACCCUGGAUUGCAUCGUAUGAUACUAUGGAGUUGUUUUUGUACAUCUGUCAAAACGCAACUCCCAUUUGAAUGUAUUAUAUUGCUUAUUAUAUGCAUUGUAUAUAACCUGAGUUUGUGCUGUUCUGGCCCUGUAGUGAUGAGGACCCAGGGCAGUUUGCGUCUGAUCCUCAACACCAAGCUGUGGCCCCAAAUGCAGACGGAUAAGGCCAGCGAGAAGAGCGUCCGGAUCACAGCCAUGGACACUGAGGACCAGGGGGUCAAGGUCUUCCUCAUAUCGGUACGAGUAAGACGACAUUACUUAUUACAUAGUAAUUACUAGGGAUGGGCACGGUUAUUGGAAUAUCUGUGAUGAGUGUGCUAGAAGGAGUCAAGCGCAGGAGGGUAAAUCACCGAAUACAGAGUUUAUUCCGUCGUACACAAAUGCGCUGGAUAGCGACACACGAAAACAGGCACAGGGGGAAACUAUCUACCCUGGCAAUACACGAUACGGGAUACUCCAACAAUAUACAGGCACAGGGGAAAUAUCUACCCCAGCAAUACAAAGGGAGAGUAGCUCCAUGGAAUGAUGAUAUAUGGAGCGGCAGUGGCUAGAAGGCCGGUGACGACGAACGCCGAAGCCUGCCCGAACAAGGAGGGGAGGCAGCCUCGGCGGAAGUCGUGACAAUAUCCUGAUAUGCGAACCAACGUUAGUUUGUGAUUACUUGAGUGAGUGUUCAUCUUAGGAGAAAAAAAUGGUAGGCCUAUUUUAACACUGAAAAAACUUUGUCUAAAUAAAAUUAUCCAUGUGACAUUUUUAUCUACAAGGAUAUACCAUGACAUCUGAAAUUCUUCAUUUAAUAAAACAACAAACUUUUGAAUGUUGUUUUUUGAACUGUACUUUGAGCUACUGCUGCGCAUUUAUCCCUCCAGGCUGCCCUGACAUCGGUAUUCUAUUUUCCCCACUUCAGAUAGCAAUUACAGGCACUCACCUAAUGGAGUUUCCACAAUACCUGACACAGAUCAAUGCAAAACACUCACCAGAUAACCUUUUUAUAACAGAAUAAGUUAUAUCAUGGUGAAAAUCUGACUUCUCUGUUGCUGCUAGCCAAACUAUCGGAGAAAAGCAAAUGUCCGCUGUUUACCACUGCCAUGUGCAUUUGCGUCAUUCAGAUUGGUCGAGAUUCAAAAGCAUGAAUUUUCUUUGAAUUUCAACUAUCCGGGUAUCUGCGAAAAAAAAUCAUAUUCUAAUAGUUAAAUAUUUCCCCUAGUAAUUACACUAUAAUUACAUGGUAAUAGAUUAGUAUAUCUAACACUGCCAGGACCUCCUGUAUAGUACUGACGAGUUAGUUAUGUGUCUGUUCCAGGCGAGCUCUAAGGACACAGGUCAGCUGUACGCAGCGCUGCAUCACCGUAUCCUGGCACUGCGGAGCCGCUCAGACCAGGAGCCAGAGCCCCGGGUCCCCAUUCCAGACGGCCACAUCCCUCACCCCCAGUCUAACGAGGAGGAUAGUGAUGAGGACGAACCGCUCACACCCACUGCCAACACCACAGGUAAACUAUAGAACCCUUUUAGCCUAACUGUUACCCAAACUGAUCCAAUCACCCCAAAUUAAUCUGAAGUCCUCUUACUGUGAUUGUUCAAAAAAAGUGAGACGAUGAUAUCUGGACAAAGUGAUAGUCCAAAAGUGUUAUUUGGUGUUCCAAGGAAGUGAUCUGGGAGACCCCUAUCGAUGGUCCAUAAAAGUUAUCUGGGGGUUCAAAAAGGUCAUCUGGACAUGCCCCCUAACGAUCGAACUAACAUAUUUGAAAGUCCAAGUAAGUGAUCUUGGACACCCCCGCUGAUGUUCCAAAGAGGUUAUCUGGGGGUCCAAGGAAGUUAUCUGGGGAUCUUUGAAUGGGACUUUUUACCCUUGUACUUCUUCCUUGGAUGUUGUCAAUUGUCUUGGAUUUUGUCUUAUUUGAUUCAAGCUACAACAUCUGGCCCAUUCAAAAAGUCAAAGAAUGUAAUUUAAAACACUGUCAUUGGACUGCCCCUAGCCUAUCACUCACCAGACCUGUCUCUCCUCUCCCCAGAGGGUCCAGAGGUCCAGGCCAGCGGGAGUGGGAGUGGGUCCUCAUAGCGCCUGCCCCCCACAAUGUGCCCACACGCUGCAGUCAGGACCCCUUCAGGCACCUCCACGGACACCUCAGUCCAGCAUUUCCCCAAGGGUCCGAGGUCACAGUGGAGCUCCAGGAAGGAUCCUAUGCAGGUGUUACUAACUUAACUCUGUGCAGUUCAGUCUCUCUGCAUUCACAGUAUAUCUGGGAUGGAUGCUCUUUUUUUCUUUCUUCUUUUUUUUACCUAUAGAACUGA